AAUAAAAUAAAACAAAGACAAACAGAGACGCGUUUAUCACAGGAUAAAGGACCUCGAAACAGGAAAUCACAGAGAUGAAAGGACACGUGUAAGAUAGGAAAGGCGAGUACAGAGUUUUUAAGUAUGCGUGGAGUAAGACUGGGGUUGGUCACAAUAAAAACGAGGCCCUGGAAACGAAGACUGCUCACUUUCUUCUUCUUCUUCUUCUUCGGUGUUUGCUUGCUGGUCGGUCAGGUCUUCGGUUCACGCUCUGGACCAGUUAACCGAGGGGAAAGUUUUCAACUUAUGUCUUCUCAAAUUGGAAGUCUUACCCCCUCUCUUUUACGUAUAUGAAUUUUCAUUACAGGGUAAGGUGGAAAUGAGCGCUAGGAGUCUAGGAUCGGGAUAGUUGCGUUUUCAGUACAUUUUCUCGCUUGGGAAGGUUUUUUGGAAAUGAAUAACUGUUGGGAUUUUGCUUUGUUAAUAAUAGCGGUAAUGAGGGUACAUGCUGAAAAGACUACAUUCUGAAAUGAACUUCAGAAACUUUGGAUAUCAGUAGUAGAUUUUGAGUUCUACUUUUGGAAGUUUCAUUCAUGAUUGGGAAGAUGGUUGAGGGGCCAAAAUUUACUGGACUUAUAGGAGGAAAUAACAACGGUGAUAACAAUUAUUAUGAUUUCACUCAAGGCUUUUACCAAAAGCUGGGUGAGGGGACAAACAUGUCCAUUGACAGUUUGCAGACGAGCAAUGCCGGUGGAUCUGUCUCUAUGUCAGUGGAUAAUAGCAGUGUGGGUUCCAAUGAUUCUCUGACUCAUAUAUUAAGCCACCCAGGUUUGAAGCCUGUGAGCCAUAACUACUCUGUGGGUCAAAGUGUGUUCCGUCCUGGUAAGGUGACCCAUGAUCUUAAUGAUGAUGCUUUAGCUCAAGCAUUGAUGGAUCAUAGGUAUCCAACUGAAGGACUGGAGAAUUAUGAUGAGUGGACAAUUGAUUUGAGAAAACUUAACAUGGGUACUGCUUUUGCCCAAGGGUCUUUUGGGAAGUUAUAUAGAGGAACAUAUAAUGGGGAGGAUGUUGCAAUUAAGAUAUUGGAGAGGCCUGAUAAUAGUCCAGAGAGGGCACAGGUUAUGGAGCAACAGUUCCAGCAGGAAGUGAUGAUGCUUGCAACACUAAAGCAUCCAAACAUUGUGCGGUUCAUUGGAGCAUGUCGUAAACAAAUGGUCUGGUGUAUUGUCACAGAGUAUGCUAAGGGAGGGUCGGUUAGGCAAUUUCUAACGAGAAGGCAAAAUCGGGCAGUGCCACUUAAAUUGGCUGUUAAACAGGCACUGGAUGUGGCCAGGGGGAUGGCAUAUGUGCAUGAACUUGGGUUUAUCCAUAGAGAUCUGAAGUCGGAUAACCUUCUGAUCUCUGCAGAUAAAUCUAUAAAGAUUGCAGAUUUUGGUGUAGCUCGAAUUGAGGUAACAACAGAGGGAAUGACACCAGAGACAGGAACAUAUCGGUGGAUGGCUCCAGAGAUGAUCCAGCAUAGGCCAUAUACACAAAAAGUGGACGUCUACAGCUUCGGGAUUGUCCUGUGGGAACUCAUCACAGGUUUGCUUCCCUUCCAGAACAUGACAGCAGUACAGGCGGCGUUUGCUGUUGUGAACAAAGGUGUAAGGCCAGUUAUUCCAAAUGACUGCCUCCCUGUGCUCAGUGACAUCAUGACCCGCUGCUGGGACACCAACCCGGAAGUUCGUCCACCCUUCGCUGAGAUUGUCAAAAUGCUUGAGAAUGCUGAAACUGAGAUCAUGACCACAGUGCGCAAGGCUCGCUUCAGGUGUUGCCUGACUCAACCAAUGACAGUGGACUGAUCCAGAAUAGAAGACCAAAGAAGAAAUGAUAAAAAAGGAUAUAAAUGAAUCUAAAACGCAUAAACAGAACAAGUAAGAAAUUUACAUGUAAGUUUGUGUAUGUAUUAGUACUUUCCUUUAAAUAUUUCAGAUAGAGAUAGAGUAACUAUUAUACUAUCAGUUUCUGGAUAUUGAUGACAACUGUAAUGGACUGGUGCCAUUGAAGGUAGUUUCGCAGAUCUAGUAGAAGGAAGCUUUGAUGAAUGCUUCCCUCUGUAGCUAUGUAUAUGGAGCCUGCCAUUUUCAUUGAGCUAUUUUAUAACAGUUGCAGGCUGGUUACCAUGUUGGAUCAAUUGUAUCUCUGUUUCCAACCUUUUUAUUUCAUAAAAAAGUCCUUUGAUUGGA